AACGUAUUACAAUUUUCAAUUUAUUUAUCAAGUGUAAGAAAGAAACAAUUAAUACACCCACAAAAUAAGAUAGAUUCAUGAAAAAAUGCUGUCCAAUAUGUCUUAUUUUCUUCAAAAACAUUUCACCUCCACACUCUUUUUUUUUCAUUUCAUUUUCAUAUCUCAGCUUUUUUUCUUCUUCUUCUAGAAAAUUUGAAAAAUCAAAGAAAAUUACUAAUCAUCUUUCCUCCUCAGUAGGAAACACUCAUCAUUGUACCCAACAAUCACUUUCAAUCCUCAGAAUCAAAAACUCCAACUCCUUCCUUCUUCUUCUCACUCUUCUUCCAUCUACACAUAUACAUUUACACUCGGACAAUAUACACAUACGACACGUAUACAUACACACACCUUCCACACUCUAUAUAACCUUUUCCCUCUCCUCCAACUCUCUCUCUCUCUCAAUAUCUUUCUGAUCAUUAACCACCAAAGCUCAGAUCUUUGACAAAAAUGGAUCCGUCCUCUGCUACCUCAGUGAACGGAUACUACUCAUUUCUAAACAGAUCAAUGGAUGAUCUCGAGAGGGCUUACCUCUCAAACAACUUCAUGUCCGUACACUUCUUACAGAGAGCUCUCUGUCUUCUCCGCACUUCUCACUCACACCUCACUCUCCUCGUUCAAAAGCUUCAGCUCCCUGUCGGCGACAAGUGGCUUGAUGAGUAUAUGGACGAAAGCUCUAAGCUUUGGGAAGCUUGUCUCGUCAUCAAAACCGCCGUUUCUUCAAUUGAAAACUUCUCCUCCGCCGGAAUUACAAUCGCUUCGACCCUCGAUGGACAUUACCACCACCGUCGUCUCUCUCCUCAGCUUUCUCGUCAGGUGAUAAGGGCGAUAACAGGGUGUAGGAGAGAAGCGAUAGGGAUAGAGGAAGAGAACAGAGCUUUAAUGGAGAAUCGAGUUCAAAGGUUUCCCUUUUGGUCGGAACAGACGGCGGCGAUGGAGUCGUCGACGAAGUUACAGAACGGUUUCAGUGGUUUCCGCGGCGUACUCUACGCGACGAGGAACAUGAGCUCACUUCUACUGAUGUUUCUCAUGAACGGUCUCGUCUACUGUUUCCCCGGCGACACAACGCUGCCACAAACGCAAACGCAAACGCAGAAUCAAGUCGGCGGUUUUGUCGGAGCAAUGGGGAGGUUGCAGCAGAGAGUGGCGGCUGAGGUGGGGAGGCUUGGGGUUAGGAAGGGGAUGUUGAUGCACGAGUACAGGAGGAGCAAGGCGGCGCUGGAGGAGCUGAAGGCGGAGCUUGAGAGGAGAUUCUGCGGCGGCGGAGGAGGGGAAAGUGAAGAGGAGGGAGAGAGGGAGUUGAGAGAGAGAGUGGAGAAUCUGAGAGGGUGUUUUGGUAAUUUGAGGAAUGGGACAGAGAGUAUAGUGGCGCAAAUCGAUGAUUUGUUUGAUGAAAUUGUUGAAGGCAGAAAGAAGCUUUUGGAUUUUUGCAGCCAUAGAUGAGUAUCAAAAGCUGACAUUUUUUUCAGUUUAUAAAAUAAGCAAAAAGGAAAAAAAAUUAGAGUAGACUUAGCUUAGCCGAAUCAUUUGGUAGGAGUUGUUGUAACUCUUUUCUCUUUUGCUGCUAUGAAAAGAAAAUUUUUAAUUUUUUUGUUUGUCAGUCUGCUCUAUUUUUUUAUGUUUAUAUAAUUCUAGAAAUAGAAUUUAUUCUCUGAAUCAUAUCUUAAAGUAAAUGUCUGCUUUUCAGUUUUGGUUC